UUAUGAGACAACAGUUGAUAUUUUAAUAGCUACAAGUAAAUAUUACGCUGCCCUCUUCACACUCAUAUUUUGCUUGUCAUUUCAAACACAACUUACAAAACAAGGAUCGGUUGAAAAAGGCUGUUGGGGUUUGACAAAAUCUCCCUUUUUGUUUCCUGUAAGGAAGGUAUUGGGCGUACCAUUACCUCAAGAAUUUAGGCUUGGGUGGAGCUGGCCCAAUGGUCAGGGCACGGGUGAGGCCGUAUAUAUUGCCGAUAGACGAUUGAGGACUGAGUUGAGAGUUGAGAGUCGAGACAUCCUACUAAGGUCUCUUCUCCCUCCCAUUCCAUUCCAUAGGAGAUUCAGUAUUGAGUAUUGAAAGAAUGGAGGUGGUAGUGGGGGAGCCCACCAGAGUUCAAACCCUAGCCGAAAAGAAUCCAACACAGGUGCCACCUGAAUACAUACAGGCGCCAGAGAAUCGACCCCAAAUCAAAAUCCCCACAACUGAGGAUGAUACUUCUUCCACAGUUCCUGUCAUCGAUCUCUUCGGAUUCGACCCGGAUCACUGGGGCGACGUUCGUCGUGAACUGGGGCAAGCUUGCAAAGAGUGGGGUGCGUUUCAAGUGACCAAUCAUGGAGUUCCAAUCCACUUGCUACACCGCAUGAGGAGCGUAGGCCUUUCCUUUUUCAAAGACAGCCCCAUGUCGCACAAACUCAGUUACGCCUGCCCUCCGGGUUCUGCUGCGUCCGAAGGCUAUGGCAGCCGAAUGCUGGUCAGUACUUCAAACGACACCGUUUUGGAUUGGAGGGAUUACUUUGAUCAUCACACCUUGCCUCUUUCUCGUCGCAACCCCUCUCGCUGGCCAGAUUUUCCUCCUAAUUACAGAGAAGUUGUGGUCGAGUACAGCGAUUGUAUGAAAGCUCUUGCUCAAAAGCUUCUGGCAUUCAUGUCGGAGAGUCUAGGCUUGCCAUCUUCAUGUAUCCAAGAUGCUGUAGGCGAUUUUUAUCAGAAUAUAACAGUUAGUUAUUACCCACCCUGCCCUCAGCCGGAACUCACCCUUGGUUUGCAAUCCCAUUCUGACAUGGGUGCCAUCACACUCCUGAUCCAAGAUGAUGUUGAUGGUCUCCAGGUCUUGAAAGAUGGUGAAUGGGUGAUGGUACAGCCUCUAUCAGAUGCCAUAGUUGUCAUUUUGGCUGACCAAACUGAGAUUAUAACCAAUGGUAAUUAUAGGAGUGCUCAACAUCGGGCUAUAGCUAAUGCCAACAAAGCGCGACUUUCAGUAGCCACAUUUCAUGACCCUGCCAAGACAAUGAAAAUAUCUCCAGCUUCUGCACUUGUGACUGAGUCCUUCCCUCCCCGAUACUGUCAAAUAGUCUAUGGAGAAUAUGUUUCAUCAUGGUACACAAAGGGCCCGGAAGGAAAACGAAAUAUUGACGCACUCAUGCUUUAGUUGGAUAAAAAAUGUUUGUUUGCUUGUUUGUUUGUCUUUUUUCACUUCUUUUUUUCAAUUUUUGGGGCUUUGGCCUUGCAAUAAGAUUUCUCAUCAUCUAUCAUAUUUCUUUGUUUCGUUCUCCCGGUUGCAUUAAAGAUGACUGAUGAUACAGCAGCAACCCUGCUUAGAAAUAGUAACUUUUUUUUUUGAAGGCUUCACCGAAGAAUAAUGCUUCGUGGUGGACUAUCGGAAUCGAGGACAGAAUCCUAGUUUUAGAAAAGGCUUCUAAGACCAGGAGGUGGUCAUGGUGGAGUCCUUGGUCUAUUUCUUGUUUCCUUUCAAGGUGGUUGGUGGUUUACAACAUGGAAGGUUUCUUAGAAGGGGCUAUUCUCGGCACAAUCCAACAUGAGCUUUUCUAUUUGAGAGAGAACAUGUUGGAGUUUGUUCUCCCAUAAAUCAACUGCAAGUAGACUUUUGAUCUGCGGUCCUUUGUGUUUUUCUUUGUUCGAAUUGCCCUAGGUGAUUCCUCGAUCAGUUAAGAGUUUUAUUGUGCAGUCGGCAUAUUGGAUUCUGUGGGUAACAUUUGCACAAGUUGGCUUGGAGGUCAACACUUUUAUGUUCAUCGUAGACAAUUUGGAAAAGUCUUGAACGGACGUCUCUGAUAAUGAAAGAAUUUUUUUAAAGGCA